UGGCAACCCUGCGAGUGCGCGAGAGACGAUCACACACACAGAGCUCGUUCAGGAACAGCGUUAGGACACACAUCUAAGUGCGCCCUGCGACGGCUUUCAAAACACAUUUCUGACUAUGUCGAAGCAUGCUGUGGUUCAGCUCGGUGUCGUUUACGCGUUACUGUUUCCAGCCGUCUUUGGGUUCGUUCCCUCUCCAACAAACGUCAGUGUUGUUUGUCACAAUUUUGUGAACGUCCUCUACUGGAACCACAGUAACCCAACUGAACAGACGAAAUUUGCCAUAAAAGUUGAAGCUUAUGAAAGUGCUUCCCAAACAGUGGACACCUCUCAGACGUACCUUGAUAUCAGCAGUUACAGCACAGAUGUGGAAGAUGAUUACUUGGUGUUCCUGACAGCACAUGAUGGGCAAGAGAAAUCAGAAAACGUCUCCAUCAGAUUCACUUACAGCAAAGACUAUUUUGAUGAGAAGAAACAUAAAUAUAAAUGCUCUUUGGACUUUCCAGCUGUGAAUACAUCUGUCCACAAAGAUGUGAUCGAAGUGUCCUUUCAGCACCCUUUCAUGCUUUAUAAGCAAGAGAUUAUGAAUGAUGAAUUUAUGUACACAAUCACACAUGAUGAGCAAAUGGUAGAAUACUCAUGUUUUGAGGAGGAUGAACUGUGCAUUGCAGAAGUCCACUUUAACCAAAGCGUUGCUGGACAGUGUGUGGAGCUGAAGCUUGAAGGGGUGAUUGCUGGUAUUCCUUCAUAUACCUUCAGAAACAUUUGUGUCCCUCAGCAGCCGCCUGAGAACGACAAAACGGGAAUAAUCGCAGCUUUGAUAGGCGUAGGAACCAUUGUGCUCUUCAUUUUCAUGGGCUUUGUGUGGCUGCUCUGCAGGAAGUGGUCCAAAAUCCCCAAAAUUCCUGCAUUUUUGCGGAACGUUAUACCCGUCCAGUCUUCUACAACCCAACCCGAGCCGACCCCCAUUUCUAGAAUGACACCUCAGGGACACACACCCCUACUGACACAGACUUUUAGUUAUGAUUCUUUCCCCAGUUCCCCAACUGAGAAAGACUGCAAAGAAAACACUAUCCUUGAUGACACCGGAGUGGCUCUCCCUGUGGUUUCUGAAGAGGACAUGGAGGGUGAAGACUUUGAAGGCUUGCAGGUUUGCAGGUCGUCUGACUAUGACAGUCCUAAAUUCCUGCAGGAGAUGAGUCCAGGGGACUUUACUGAGGGAUACGGCCCUCGGCCUCCAGUGAUUUAGGUCUAAACGUGUGUAAGAAUGACACUGGAAAGUGAUUGCAUUUCUUGUGGAAAGACGGCUUGUUCACACCAA